CGACAUCAGCGCAGACGCAUUGGUUUAUUUUGAUUUUACUCGCGCCAUGAAAAAAUAAAUAAAUUAAGCAUGAAUUAAAAAUGAUGACUUAACAAUUGAUCGUUGAUCGGACUAAGGAACAUAGUUAAACCCCAUUACCACCAUGGGGUCCCAGGCUCCAACAUCAGCCGAUGCCUGUUUAAGUAUUGUUCACAGCCUAAUGUGCCAUAGGCAAGGAGGAGAAAGUGAAAGCUUUGCCAAACGGGCCAUCGAAAGCUUGGUGAAAAAACUGAAAGAGAAAAGGGAUGAACUUGACAGUUUGAUCACGGCUAUAACAACCAAUGGCGCACAUCCUUCGAAAUGUGUGACGAUCCAACGUACAUUAGAUGGGCGACUUCAGGUGGCAGGAAGAAAAGGUUUUCCUCAUGUGAUUUAUGCUCGUAUUUGGCGAUGGCCUGAUUUGCAUAAAAAUGAACUGAAGCAUGUCAAAUACUGUCAGUAUGCUUUCGACCUGAAGCAGGAUAGCGUCUGUGUUAAUCCUUAUCAUUAUGAGAGAGUUGUUUCCCCUGGAAUAGAUUUGUCAGGAUUAACCAUACAGCAUGCAGCUCCACCCACCAGACUGGUGAAAGAUGAAUAUGGAAGUGAUAUUGGAAUGGAAGGGGCAAGUAGUCAACAUGGUCAAGGGUCACCGACCCCUCAGAGCACAGUUCAACACCAGCAGCUACACCAGACACAGCAGUUGGCAGGGGCGGGGCAGGCUGGACCGAACCCUAUCCAUGCCAUGUCCCCACAGCCCUUGUCAUCACCUCCUCCCCAGUCAGCUGCCAGUUCCAUCAGUCAUGCCCAUGGUGUUCCUCAGUCACCGUUGGAUUGUUACGGCAACCAAAUACCUCAUGUUUCUCAGGCACAACCAGCCCUAAGUCCUUUUCCUAGAACUGCUCCUGAAGGUGCUACAUGGACAGGGAACAACACUGCCACCUAUACACAAAACCUAGAACCUCAGUACUGGAACAACAAUCAUUUACAAAGUCAAGAAAUGCUUACACCAUUAACUAACCAACCUCCUCCUGAAUUCUGGUGCACCAUUACUUAUUUUGAACUUGAUCAGCAGGUUGGGGAAACAUUUAAGGUUCCAUACAGUUAUUCCACAGUAAAGGUUGAUGGAUAUACUGAUCCAUCCAGUUUAGACAGAUUCUGUUUAGGACAGCUCUCCAAUGUUCAUAGGACUGAAGCAAGCGAGCGGGCUCGAUUACACAUAGGUAAAGGAGUACAGUUGGAUUAUCGUGGUGAGGGAGAUGUAUGGAUCAGAUGUGUCAGUGAUCACAGUGUGUUUGUACAGAGCUAUUAUCUGGACCGUGAGGCUGGCCGAGCACCAGGCGAUGCUGUACAUAAAAUAUAUCCCAGUGCAUAUAUAAAGGUAUUUGAUAUUCGGCAGUGUCAUAGACAGAUGCAACAACAAGCGGCAACAGCCCAGGCGGCAGCUGCUGCACAGGCUGCUGCUGUGGCAGGAAAUGUUCCAGGACCUGCUUCAGUUGGUGGCAUUGCUCCAGCUGUUGGUUUAAGUGCAGCUGCAGGGAUAGGUGUUGAUGACUUACGGAGGUUGUGUAUAUUAAGGUUGAGCUUUGUGAAAGGCUGGGGCCCAGACUAUCCAAGACACAGCAUUAAAGAGACACCAUGUUGGAUAGAGGUACAACUCCAUCGACCUCUGCAACUAUUGGACGAGGUUUUGCAGACAAUGCCUCUCAGUGAUCCCCGCCCCCGGGGAUUCUUUUUAGGAUGAAUUUAGAAAGAUACAUUUUCUUGGAAGUAGAAAUCUGAUCAGGUUGGACACUCAAAAAUCACUUAAAUGUUCGUUGCAAUGGCAUUACAAACUGUGCCGUAAAUAUGUUGUUUUUGUAGCUAUUUUGUGGUAAAAACCUAUAGUGCUAUUAUGUUUAGCUAAGUAAGACUAACUAAUGAACACUUAGAUAAAGGAUUGUCAUAUUGAUUUGCAAAAUGCAGUAAAUAUGUGUAUAGUUUGGCUAAAAUACCAAAGAAAAUAAGAUAUUUUGCAUAACUGAAUCAAAUAUUGUGUUCACUUCCAUAUUAUGAAUGUUUACAUAUCAUUCCAAAGUUGAGGGAACCAUUUUUGUAUAUUUCAUUAUAAACAAAUUGUGUCUAAUGUGAUUUCAAUUUUUUUUUAUUCAGACUUAAGCUGUGCAAUAGGUAUUUACUAAAUGGGGUUACUAAAGUCUUUGGGUGAGAAAAACCUCCCAAUUAAAUGUAUAUAUUCAAGCACACCAAACUUAGUAUUAUAUAUUCAGCUGUCCUUUUGGUCUACACCAAGACUCAUUGGUGACACUCAAAUCAAUCAUUUGGACGGUGAUUUAAUCAAGUUAGUUAAAGAGGAUUGAAAACCAAAAACUUGAUAAAAGGCUUGUCAAAUUUAGCCAAGACAUCUAAGCAGUUGCAUGAAACCACAACAUAAACAUUUCAUGUUUCGACUUUAAUUUUUUUCAUUUUGAGAAAAAACAAUACUAAUGAACAAAACUUGAAAUAAGCCAAAUAAAUUCCACAUGUGUAUUUAAAAGACAAAACAAGAGAUGCUUUGACAUUUUCAUGUAGGAGUUAGAGCUAAGACUGCCAGGUCUGCUCGGAGUCAGUGUUAUGUGUGCGGGUAUAUUAACAUGUCUUCCUGCUCACUGUUAAUUUCUUAACUAGCACAUUAAAAGUCCGACUCAGUGUGUUGAUCUAGUACAAAGCUGGGAUUAUAUUCAUAUCACAUUAUCAAACUAUCAUCAUAAAUAUGCAUUUAAUUUGUCACUGGACGUUAAAACAGCCAACCAUCCAACAAUCCACUGUUGAGAUGAUUAAAGAUCAUUUGGAGAACUUUCCCUGCAGUUCUUCUUAGACGGAGUAUUGAUAAACUCACCCUUUAACCUCUACUUAAAAUUGUGAAACAACAAGACAAAACUACCUACAAAAAUAUGAAUAAGAAAAAAAGAAGUUUUUUUUGCACACAUAUUUAACCUUUUAUAGAGUUUCCCCAAACAGCAUGAGAUGAAAAGCAAAGUUAUUUUGACAAAGCUAAUGUAUGUGAUUAGUUAAAUCUUUGAAAUUUUUUAUGACAAUUAAUAAGUGUUAUUGUACAUAAAUGUUGUUAGAGAUUUUUAUUCAUUGUAAAUAUAUCAUUGUUAUCUUAUAAUUUUUACAUGUUUUUAUGUUGAUCAUGUAACUUGUCAAUCUAUGGAGUAUUUAUUGAAAGACUGAUCCAGGCGUUGCAUUUUGUAUGUUAAACAUAUUGUUUAUAUAUUUUUAAAAGGCUGUCUAAAAAGAUAUGAUCUGUUGGUAGUAAUUCUGAAAUUGAUUGGUGUAAAUUUAUAUGUUUAUUAGUGUGUUUUUACAGGAAACAUUUAUCUAUAGCUUGCAAAAUACACUGCUUAUUUUUCAGACAUUACUUCAAAACGAUUUUUUUCUGAUUUAACUUAUAUAGUAAGUACAGUGUAUUGAUUUUGUUAUUCAUAAAUAAAGAAACUCAAUCUCAAAACAAAAACCAAAUUAGAAAAAAACUUCAAGGUUCAGAAUAGAAAAACAAAUGAUUUUUUCUGUAUUUAAACCAUGUUUGAAAAUAGCAUUGAAAAUUUAUCAUCUUAUAACAAAUCAACAUUCAUGAAUGUUUUGUAGAGUUAUCUCCUCGAAAUGAUUUAAAGAAUUGCUACUGUUAAAAAAUUAUGAAAUGGAUUAAAUCAUAAAGUUAUUUAAUAUUUAGCUUUGAGCAUUCCUGAGGAAGGUAAAUCCAGAAAAGCGCUUUUGACACCUGAAAUUUAUAACAUGUUGUUUUCAUUUUUUAGAUUACCAAAUUUUUUGAUACCAUUUUUGUCUUUGAAAAUAACUAAGACAUUGUUAGAAUGUACGUCUCAAUUGAUUUUUAUGUGAUAUGUAGGAAAAUUUUGCCGUUUGCCAGGUGGUGCCAUUAAAAAUUGUACAAUUAUUACAAAUAGUUAAAAAAAACAUUUUUGAAAAUCUUAUUAAAUCAAUGUUAUUUUUCAUAGUUUUGGAAAGAAUAAACUUGCCAAUGUUCAUUGUAUGAAAAAUCUGGAGAGAAUUGUUUACCGCCAAAUUUUCUAUGGCUUAUCUCUCAAAAACAAGGACAAUGACCUUAAAUUUUUCCCACUCUUUUAAUUAUGUGAUGUAUAAACUAUUAAUGUAUAACAGUCUUUAUAAAAGCUUUUUAUUUUGAAUCAGAGUAACGAACAUGCUGAAAAACAAUGAUCAAUCGGGAAAAGAAAGCAUUACAUGUUAAAAUUAAAGAAAGUUGUAUUAACGACAAUGAGACUGUCCAUUUGUUCUUUUGGUCCACUUUCUACUUAUGUAUCUGCUACUGAUCCUUAGCAGAUCAUUUUAGAAUAAAUCAUUACUUGCAGACAUUAAGUGAAACUAUUGUAAACAAAAUUAACAUUAAGAUUAUGUUUUACUUUUUUGUUUUACGGUGUGAAUUUUAAAUUUUGUUAUCUCAAAAACAGUGUUAUAAGAUCCAUUGCCAAAAUGAUAAAUCAAAACUCAGUAUUGUACACUUGAUGUUAAACAAACCAUUGUACAUUGUGUAAAUGUAAUAUAAUAAAAGAACAGAAAAACUUG